GUUUCCGUAAAUGAGUGCCUAGCAGAGGUGGUGUGUGGUGUUCGACUGUGGAAGGCGACUGGCGACUGGCGACCCCGUGCACGACCGCUCCCUCCGGGUAACCCCGUCAAAAGGCCUGAAGACUCCGGCGCGCGCGUCCCGACAAUAAACACGCGGAUGGGAAUACGGCCCCGGGCGCGAUCCGCUCUCUCAUAUAUGGAGCAGAAUCGCGGGAAACGCCUGUUUCACGUGCCGUGUCGCGCGCAGUGAAGCAAAGUGUACGACUGUGUGCGUGCAUGCGUGCGUGCGUGCGUGUUCAACUUCACGUAGCGCGGUCGCCGCCGCCGUCAUCGUCGUAAUCGUCGGAAACACGAACCGAGCGAAGUGGAAGACCCGAAAAGGGCGCGCGCGGGCAAGGGCAAGAAGAAGAAGAAGCCAGAGAGAGCGGCGCGAGGGCCGAGCGCGAGCGCGAGCUGGAGCGAACGAGCGAGUGAAUGAGUGAGUGACCGUGUGCGCGUGUGCGCCGACGGCUUGCAUGUGUGGCGCGCGGCCGCGCGCGGGUGCCAAGCGCGAGAAGAAGGAGAGGAGCCCGUGCGCGCGACAGGAGGAGCGAUUAUAGGAGCAGCCUGCCAGCCUCUCUGCCGUGCCCCCUUGAGAGAAGAGGAGCGCGCGAGCGGCGCUCGGAGCCCGAGCGCGUCGUGACUUUUUUUUUCUCUUCUCUUCUCUUCUCCUCUCUUCGCUGCCGUCGCCGCCGCCGCCACCGCCGUCCUCGCCGCCGCCGCCGUCGUCGGGGCAAUGUCUCUCGAGACACGUUCCAGCUCGGCCCUGUUCAAGCGUGCCGAACAGCUCAAACGCUGGGAGCAGUCCGAGACGAAUCGCGAGCCCACGCAGCCGCGGCAGGUCGCGCGCAAGAUCAAGUUCUCCGCCGACAUCGUGUUCCUGGCGGCGUGCGCGGCCAGCGACAAGGAGGAGGUCGUGCGCCUGCUGCAGAACGGGGCGAACAUCAACACCGGCAAUGUCGACGGCCUCACCGCGCUGCACCAGGCUUGCAUUGACGAUGACCUGGAUAUGGUGGAGUUUUUGGUGGAACAAGGAGCGGAUAUCAAUCGUGGAGAUAAUGAAGGCUGGACGCCCUUACAUGCCACAGCAUCUUGCGGAUUCAUAUCUAUCGCUAAAUACCUAAUAGAACAAGGAUGUAAUCUGGCAGCGGUAAACAAUGACGGUGAACUGGCGCUGGAUAUUGCAGAAAGCGACGAGAUGGAAGACAUGCUCCAACAGCAUAUAAAUAAAGCAGGUAUUGAUUGUGAUCAAGCGAGGAGUGAUGAGGAAAGAUCAAUGCUGAAUGACGCAAAAGCUUGGCGGGCAGGUGCACCAGGCAAAGAUUCCAUCCAUCCGAGAUCAGGAGCCACCGCACUCCAUGUCGCCGCCGCCAAAGGCUACAUCAAAGUCAUGCAAAUAUUACUACAAGCUCGAUGCAAUGUUGAUGCACAGGACUUUGAUGGAUGGACGCCUUUGCACGGUGCGGCACAUUGGGGCCAACUGGAAGCUUGCAAACUUCUUGUUGAGAAUGGCUGUGAUAUGGAUAUGAAAAAUUACGCUGAUCAAACUGCUUUCGAUGUUGCUGAUGCAGACAUCCUCAAAUCUCUUGAAAACUUAAGAGAGCAACAAGCACUUAUCGUGAAAGAAAAUCCACAAACAAAUAAUAAGAAGCAAUCGUCUAUACCAAAGAAACGUGUCUCAACGAGUGCUGAUAACGCAGUAGCGGCACAAGAAUCUACCGAGAUCUUUGAAGAGGAAACGCCAAAUAAAGUUAAGAAGGUUGAAUUAGAGAUUCAAUCCGAUAAAGAAGAUUCCAGCACUAGUACAAACAGCGACGUUGAAGCAACACGUGAAACACACAUGGAAGAGAGUGAUGGUGAAGGUGAAUCUGAGACUAGCUCAGAAUCACACUCUUCCACUUUCUCCAAUCAAUCUGAUAAGUCUAACCACGCGACAUGUCUUACAGAUGACGAAAAGAAAAAUAGAGUAAACAAGGAUGAAAGUGCACCCCAUAGUCCAAUAUCUCCGGUCGAAACUAAUAAAGUUCCUAAUCAGGCUCCAAUAUUGCCUCCAAAACAACAGACUGAUAAUAACGAGGACGGUGUUGUACCAUCUUGGAGACGUUCAGGUUCCUUUCGAAAUAGAAUGCAAAGUACUGAUACUACUAAUUCUGCACCUACAAAACUCGAAGAUAAGGAUAACAAUAUUAAGAUACCAACAACACCAAACAAAGUUAGUGGAGAAUCCGAUGUGGUAUUAAGAAGGACGCAUAGUUUCGAGACAGAUGAAAAGUUUUAUGAGCAGUAUUUGGCAUUACGUGCUCGCAUCAAGGCGUUCUCGUGCCCUACUCUCCAUCGCUGCAAUGCAGCUACUCCUACCCACACCAAUGCUACGACUCGCUCUGCAUCUCUACGCGAAACACACAGAAAAAAAGACGUGAAAUUAAAUUUGGAAUUAUCAAGACUGCCACAAGGAAGCAAUACACUUUCACCAACAUCCGCAUCUAAAACAUUGGCAUCGAGUCUAUUGUCAUCCAUUACAACAACUACCACUGCCACCACAACAACAAGUCCUAUUCCAGUCAAUCAAAUUCGCAGUGUUCAACCAGUGGAAGCUGCAUCUACAGUUGUAUCGAAUACAAAUAAUGCAGUAGCAACUGCUCCUGGAACUCCCACUACACCAGGAGGGAGCAAGCUAAGUCCAGGAAAUAUCUUCAAGAAUUUCUUCAAAUCCUUCGUUCCGCCGGUACGCGAUGAGGAAAGUGAAACCCAAAGGAAAGCCCACGCAAAGAGAGUAAGAGAAACUAGAAGGUCGACUCAAGGUGUGACGUUGGAUGAGAUCAAGAGCGCGGAACAAUUAGUGAAGAAAAAGCAACAGAACAACGAAUCGCCGACAUUGCCGCCGUCCACGCAGCCUACUACUACCGCCAGCAAUACAGCUUCGAUCACAGCUACAAUAACAACCGCAACCUCUACUACCGUGACUCCUGCGAAUAAAGUUUCUGAAGAAACUAAUUUACCUGAGAGACGACCGUCUUGGAGAUUAAGGGUAGACAAUGGAAGCAAGUUUCAGUUGGAGGAUGCUAAUAAUAAACCUACUGAUAACGCAACGGCCUAUAUGAGAAGACCGUCUGGUGGAACUGGUGUACCCAGACCAUCAUCAGCUCCAGUGGAAACUAUUGCUACCAGUAGUACAGAAACCACAGUUACUUUACCCCUUAGGAGAUCGUUAAAGCAACCUGAUGACAAAGAUCAAGAUAAGGAAAAUGACAGUAGGAACGCACAAGCUACACAAGCGGUUAUUCAAAGGAGACGUCGGCCUAAGAGAAGAUCGACAGGUGUAGUCCACGUGGAUAUGGAUGAAAUUGACCCAGAAAAACAAGAUCUAACUGCUGGCGGUGAUUGCGAUGAUUCCAAAAUUAAUCACAACGAAAGCGGAAACGAUCGUUCUGGGAGAGCCACUAGAUUAGGUUCGAUAUCUUCGCUAUCGUCGGAAGCCUCGUCAACACCAAUCAGAUUAAAAUCAAACAGUUCCGAGAACGGCGAAUUAGACUAUAAGAAACUAUACGAGGAAUCUCAGGUCGAGAACGAAAGGCUAAAGGAGAAACUGAAGCGCUCCGACGAGCAAUUGAAAGAAGUCAGGCAUUUAUUGGAAAAAACGCAAAUCAACCAAAACAAAGUAAUUCUCUCUGAGGCAGAGAAAAGGGAGAGGCGAGCCAUGGAAAGGAAACUUUCAGAGAUGGAAGAGGAAUUGAAGGUGAUGGACCAACUAAAAUGCGAAAAUCAGAGGCUAAAAGAUGAAAAUGGUGCCUUGAUCAGAGUAAUCAGCAAAUUGUCCAAAUAAAUCUUGUAGUCUCAACUGCACACACAUCGUAAUGAAAUUUUAAGUUGUAUUACAACUAUAUUGAAUGAAUUGCUUUAACUAUAGCAGCAUCAUCAUUAUCGCUAGUAUUCUUUACAAACGUGCAUUAUGCUACCGAUGAAUUUAUCUUUGUAGUAAUUUAACUUAUUCCAAUUAUGAGAUCAAUUAAUCGCAUGGCUGUGCCAAAGGCGAAAAGAAAUGUUACUCUCCUAUUCUUAGACUGUGAAUAACUUGAUCGUAAAAAAGACUUAGAGAAAUUUUACUUUGUGGAAUUACUUUUUAUCGUCAUGAAAAGAUGAAUUUUAUAAUCCAAUAUAUAAAACCGACUUAAUGCUUUAUAGUAAAAAAAAAAAAGGAAAAGUCAGCUUUAUUUUAUUUGACUAUUAGGAAGAGAAAAAGAACUGUUAAUCUUUACGGACAGUUUUCUUUUUUAACAAAUCGCGUUAUCGAUGUUGAUUCUUUAUAAGGACAUUUUGUAAAUACAGAUAAAUAGACAAUGGUGAUGUGACAUUUUAGUAAUUUGAGAAGAGAACUUUUACCCGCGGAGUAAGAAUUUUGAAACACUCUGAUUGCAUACGAGCAAAUCCAUAUAAUGUAUCGUAAACGAGUUUGCAUUACCGAAGCAAUAAGUGACAUAUAUCUGUAUAACUAAAUUACGCAGGUGGUAAAGAAGGAGUCAAAGAACAUGACCUUUGCUACUCAAGUGGCCUUUCUCUGAAGACUGCAAUUUGUAAAUCCUUCCCAUCAUUGCCAUUUUUGCAGUAUAGACAGAAAUUUGAUGCAUAUACGGGAGUAAAUGUUUUUAAUUACUCUGUAAUAUAAUACAUUUUCUUAUAUAAUAUCACAGAUAUGUAAAAUAUACUUUAGACACAUCGGGAUUUUUAAUCUCCUUUAAAGUGCUAAAAAUUACUGUACGUUAGAGCUGUGGUAACUUCAGUUCGAACUGUUGAUGUAGAAUCUGUGUUAUUAUUUUUAACUACCUGUCCAAUAUAAAAUGCUGUUACCUAUUAUUUUCUUAUAGCAACAACAAUGAUUGUCCAAUACGCUCUGGAUAAAGACGAAUUUAUAAAUAUUGGACAAUGGAAUGUGUAAUUGACAGUUGGCAUGUUUUUUAAUGAUAUUAUUGUAAACAAUUGUAAAAAAGGAUGACUCAAUGUAGUUAUUUCGUAAUGAAGUUUAUUAGAAAAUAAUAUUUGUGUAAAUAUUUAAUACAUAGACUUAUACAUGAA